AAACCAAACCUGUGCAUGCGGGAGGUGGAGAGCAGCCAGGUGUGUAGGGAGAAGAUCCUGCUGAAACGUGUAGAUCCUCAAGGGCUCUAUCGUUCCUGCAGUCAGACCUUCAGCAUGAAAACCGCUCUGCUUUGGCUGAGCCUGCUGCCUCUCUACAGCUGUGCCUCCAUUGAUGUAUGCAACGAGGAGCUUCUGGAGAAUGUGGACUUUCAGGGAACAGAUAUUGCCGAACUUCAGUCUCCUGAUGUGGACCACUGCCAGCACCUGUGCACGCAGCACCCCGCAUGUCUCUUCUUCACUUUCUUUGGGUCCCUCGGGACUACAGAUGACAGGGCCUUCAAGUGCUACCUGAAAUCCACCCCCUCUGGAAAACCCACUUCCCAGACUCCAUUGAAUGGUGCCACAUCUGGUUUUUCUCUGAAGGCUUUCUCCUGCAAGCCAAACCUUGAACCUUGUCUGUCUCAGGUUUACCAGAACGUGGAUUUCGGCGGAGCAGACUACAGGUUCUUGUUCACAAACGAUAAUGAAGACUGUCAGAGAGUCUGCACUCUAGACCCGGCCUGCCAGUUCUUCACCUUUCUGGAAGGAGAUUUCCGAACACAGGAUGUCAGGUUUCGAUGCCACCUUAAAUACAGCUGGAAUAUACCCAGGAUUCCAAAUAUAGAGAGAAAGACUGGCGUCACAUCUGGAUUUUCACAAAACUUGUUUUUAAAUCAAGAUUUUAAAAAAGGCUGUCAGAAAACAUUUUUUGUGAACAUGGACAUCCCAGGAAAUGACCUGGAGUUGGUUAAAGCAGCUUCAGUGGAGCACUGUCAGGUGAUGUGCUCGGCUCACCCUCAGUGCACGUACUUCUCCUUCCAAAGUACUGGGUUUAACUGCAAUUUGAAGAACAACCAACAGAGCUUGGUGACUGUAGCUAAAGAGGGAACGACUUCAGGGCUGCCGGCACGAUUCUGUCAGCUUGCCGACGACUGGUUGACGACGCGUUAUGAAGGGAUUGAUUUUUUUGGUUCUGAUAUUGGCUUUGAGCCGAUGGACAAUGUCCAGCAGUGUCAGACGAAGUGCACCGCCUCUCCUUUCUGCCAGUUCUACACCUACGCAGAUGCGAGCUUCCCUGACCCCAUAGCUAGGCGCCGCUGCUAUUUAAAGCGUGUGGUCACCCUGCCGGCUCCGCCCAGCGUCACGAAACUGACAGGAGCAGUUUCCGGUUUUUCUGGGAGGAACUGUGGGACGAUAGUUUUCUGAAACUUCAUUUGCAAAAUAAACAAAUCUUCCUUUAAUGGC